AUGGGUGAUUUCAAUGGCAGAAUUGGCAAACAAAAACAAGGAGAAGAAACUAUAAUAGGAAAAAAUGGAACAUCAGAAAGAUCUAAAAACGGUACUAGAAUGGCAUUAGAAAAUAACCUCAAGUUCAUGAACAGCUGCUUUAAAAUUAAAGAGUGUCGAAGGUGGACCUGGAUUAGAGGUGACGGAAAAUACCGCAAUGAGAUAGACUACAUAGCGAGUAACCAUCCUAAAGCAUUUCAGAACCUUGAAAUACCAUCGUAUGGCAAGUUCAAGACCAGGGUUUCGCCAAAAGAUAUGCAAGCGACAUCCAGUUUAAUAAAGAGGUGA